CCAAAUCCACCCUGAAACCCUAGCUCCUACCUUCUUCCUCCUCACGACGGCUACAGAUCUCACCUCCAUUGCUGCCAGGAGAGGUUCUACCAACUCUUCUACCAAGAGUACCACCAUUGCUGGAGGACAAACUUCUUCCAGCAAGACAGGAAUAUACAUCUACCUCCUCCAAAGUUCAUCAAAGAAACCCACCUUCUCCAUCCACCUACCAGUACUUCUACAAGAUCUGAAGAAAAAGGAUUCUGGGAACAAACCUGGGUAGAUCUGAAGAAAAAAUCUGGGGACAAAGAACCUGGAGAUAUGGAUCCAAAAUGUUCUACAGGAGCACUAGAUCUAAAUGAACCAGCAAUUGAAGGUGACAGGGUAAUCGAAGAUGUCAGUUUGUUCCAUGAUUUGCAAAUAGAAGUAACAGGCAGCAUACAAAGGACCUUGAGCAACCCAGAUGUGACCAAAAGCUCAGAACAUAGCAAGCAUGCAAGUGGAAGCUACACUGGUGCUUCUGCUGACACAAACCCAGAAACUGCUGAAACACUAUCAACUGAUGAUUCCGGCGGUGAUGAAGAUGAGGGUGAAGUCCAGUCAACACCAUGCAGCCAAACUGAAGUUGAAACCCCUUUCAAAGGGAAGGUCUAUGAUUCAUGGGAGGAUGCGAAGAUGCAGUACAACCGAUAUGCUAAGAAGAUUGGGUUUUCCAUCAAAUGCAGUACAUCCAAGGUUUCGAAAAUUGAUGAUCAAAGAGACAAACAGUUAUUUGUUUGCAACAAGAGUGGAAAAAAUGAAGACAUCAAUAAGUUAGAAGCACCACCUGUUAGGCAAAGGAACAGAAGCAUCACCAAGAAAACUGAAUGCAAAGCCAGAUUGAGAAUUAAAAGGAGAGGAACAAAGUGGUAUGUCACAUACUUCAUUGAAGAACACAAUCACAAUUUGGUGAAGAAGUUUUCCUUGAAAAAGUAUUUGAGAUCUCACAAAGGAAUACCUAAGGAAGAGAAGGAUUUUGUUCAGCUCUUGCAUAAGGUGAAUCUAUCUGCUGGCAGGGUAAUGAGGAUUAUGGGAGAGGUCUAUGGCGGUCUCGCAAAUGUACCCUAUGACAGUAAGGAUGUGAGCAACUUCAUGGCUAAAAUAGAUGAAGAACACACGCACAAAGACAUGUCCCUGUUGCUAGCUCACUUUGCAAGGAUAAAAAAAGAAGACCCAGAUUUCUACUUCAACAUACAUACAGAUCAUGCGGACAAAGUGGACCGCAUAUUCUGGGUAGAUGGGCCAGCGAUUGCUGCUUACAAAAAUUACAGUGAUUGCCUCUCAUUCGACAGCACCUACAUGACCAAUAUGUACAAUAUGCCUUUUGCACCAUUCAUUGGAAUCAAUAGGUACUGUCAAACAAUCCAGCUAGGAUGUGGGUUCCUAAAGAAUGAGAACAUCGAGAGUUUUGUCUGGUUGUUUCAGGAGUUUCUUGAGGCUAUGGGUGGUCUGCAGCCAGAUAACUUCAUAACUGAUCAAGACGCGGCAAUGAGAACUGCAGUUCUCGAAGCAUUUCCAAAUUGCUGUCACAGAAAUUGUAGGUGGCACAUUAUGCAAAAUGCGCAGGCCGUUUUGGGCAACUUCUUGUCAAAACAUGAGGAGCUAAGGACAGAGUUGAACGAAAUAAUUGAUUACAGCAUGUCGGUUGAAGAGUUUGAAACUAGGUGGGCAGAAAUGAUUACCAAACACAAUGUAGUGGACAACACCCAUAUCUAUGAUCUAUAUCAUAUUAGAGCCACUUUUGUGCCAGCCUACUUCAAAGAAAGGUUCUUUCCGUUCCUACAGACUACUGCUCGUAGUGAGGGGUUCAACGCUGUUUUGAAAACUUACAUGGACCCGCACAACAAUCUGCAUCAUUUCUUCCUUCAGUACAUGAAGUUGCAAGAAAAGAUUGAUGUAGCGGAGGAUGCAGUUGAAUUCAAGGAUGAAGACAAAACUCUUAGGGCGUGGGGAGAUUUUCCAGUUGAAGAGCAAGCCUUGCAGGUGUAUACACGGCCCAUUUACUUGCGCUUUCGUGCGGAGCUUCGUAAAGUGACAUCUUAUAAUGUACAGCAUGUUGGUCAUGAAACGUACGAUGUUAGCCCUAUCAAGAAUUAUGUUUAUGGCUAUGGCAGUAGAAGCUACAAGGUAGAGGCUAAUUUGGAAGCUGAAAAUUACAACUGCGAGUGCUGCAAGUUCAGCAGGGAUGGGUUGUUGUGCUGCCAUAUUUUUAGAGUCAUGAUGCAAUUGGGUAACAUUGACAGAAUUCCAGAGAAGUACAUCCUCAAGAGGUGGAGAAUACCAGAGGAAAUUAUCGUGGAGGAGAAAUUGGAAUUGCCAAAGGUACCACUAGACAGAAAAAUGAGUAACAAAGAAAGGCAGCAGCUACGUUAUGGAACUAUGUGCAAUGAUUUCACUAAAGUAGCCAAAAUUGCAUCAACAUCUGAUAAGGGGAAGGCGCUAGCAGAUAAAUACAUGCAAGCUUUAGAGAAAGAAUUGUUAGACAUGAAAGCUUCGGAGUCUGCUAAACGUAAGAAAAGAAAAAAUGCUACUACUGCUCAAGAUGGAGAAGGGGCAAAUGAUGGUGGGCUUGAUAGUUUUCCGCAGUUUGCUCAUGUUGAGGAUCCAGUAUAUGUUCCAAAGCAAGGUCGUCCAGCAGAGAAAAGAAAACAGUCUGGUUUGCAUUUGAAGUCAUCCAAAGUUGUCAAAUGCAGCUUAUGCGGGUCUAAUCAACACACAGCGGCUAUGUGCAACGAUAAGAUAACACCAGCGCCAGAGCCUAAAGAAUUUGACUUCUUCCGUGAAAUGGUGUAAUCACAUAAGGGAAUUCAUAUUUUGUUCAUCUUAUCAAGUACUGGUGGAUUUGUUCUUUGUGUAAAACUGAUUUUAUACAUUGCCCAAAAUGUUAAGCUAUCUGUUGCACUGGGAAUUA